CCUCAAAGCAAUCUCAGUUUCUGAAAGCGAAUAUGUUUUCCGGUAGGGCUUUAAGGUACGCCUUGUUUCCGUUUUCUUUCCCGUUCGCCAAAUCCUAAGAGCAUUGAAGAAGCUAUCUCUUCAUUUCAUGGCUUGCUUCAUAUGAAUCCCCAACCCUCUAGAGCUCAUAUUGAUAAGAUUCUAGGAUCUGUCGCGAAGAUGAAGCAUCACCGAACUGCUAUUUCCCUUUUCGCAAAAGCAGAAUGCAAGGGAUUCACGCCUUCUUUAUUUACUCUGAGCAUCUUAAUCAAUUGUUACUGCCAUUUGGGCAAUAUGUCUUUUGCUUUCUCUAUACUAGGGAAGAUUCUCAAGAUGAGCCGUCAGCCAGAUAUAAUAACUUUAAAUACUCUGUUGAAAGGUCUCUGCAUUAAUAAUAACGUUAGAGAAGCCCUUGUCUUUCAUAGUGACUUAUUGACAAAAGGAUUUCAGUUAAAUGAAGUAAGCUAUGGUACCCUGAUCAAUGGCUUCUGUAAAAUUGGAAAAACGUCCGCUGCUCUUCAAUUGCUUCGAAAGAUGGAGACAGGGUUAGUUAAGCCUGGUUUAGUUAUCUACAACACAGUCAUAGAUGGUCUUUGUAAAGAAGGGCUUGCAAUUGAGGCAAAAAAAUUAUAUCAUGAAAUGACUGAUAGGGGAAUAUCUCGGGAUAUUGUUACCUACAACUCUCUAAUAUAUGGUUUCUGUUGCAUGGAUCAAUGGCACGAAGCCACUUGGUUUCUAAAUAAAAUGGUGGUAGAAGGCAUCAGACCUAGUAUUUAUACCUUCAAUAUAUUGAUAGGUGCAUUUUGUAAAAAGGGGAGGAUAACCAAAGCUGAGGCAAUAGUUGGUAGGAUGAUGAAAUGUGGUACAAAGGGUGAUGUUAUUACUUACAAUUCUUUAAUGGAUGGGUACUAUAUGAUGAAUAAUGUUGAUGAGUCGAAGAAGGUUCUUAAUAGAAUGAUCAAAAGUGAUGUGUUGCCUGAUGUUUUCAGUUACAAUAUCUUGAUUAAUGGGUUAUGUAAAAUGAAGAGGAUUGGUGAAGCAAUGGAUCUCUUUCAGGAAAUGCAAUGCAAAGGUUUGUUUCCUGAUAUUGUGACAUAUAGUACUCUUAUUGAUGGCCUGUUCAAAUCAGGAAAGAUCUCAAACGUGCAGGAACUUAUUUACGAUAUGCAUGAUAGUGGUCAUCUACCUAAUAUAGUAACCUACAAUGCCUUGUUAGAUGGAUUGUGCAAGAGCCAGCAUCUUGAUGAAGCAAUUAUGCUAUUUAAAAAAAUGGGCGUCCUGGGAAUACAACCUGAUAUUUACACAUAUACCAUUCUUAUUGAUGGCUUGUGCAAAGGGGGCAGGUUAAAUGCUGCACAACAGAUUUUUCAGUAUCUUUUAGUCAAAGGCUAUCGUUUGGAUGUCCAAGCAUAUACUGCUAUGAUCAAUGGACUUUGUAAGGAGGGCUUGUUUGAUGAGGCAAAGACAUUACUUUUUCAAAUGGGAGAGAAUGGAUGUCUCCCAAAUUUUGUAACUUUUCAAACAAUCAUUGGAACUCUUCUGGAAAAAGGAGACAAUGAUAAGGCAGAGAAUCUUCUUGAUGAAAUGAUUGUUAGGGGUCUCCUAAGCCUCAGUCCGGAAUCUCUCAAUAGGUUUAUAUGCUUGGUCUUGCAAUCUCGUACUCGCAGUGCCAAGCAGAAGAGGGACCUUCCAUUCCUAGGCUCGCAGUCGCAGCCGGCGUCCGGAGAUAGCGGAAGACUUUUUGUGGCGAGCGAUUGUAAUCUUCUGGCGUCUGGUUCUUCACCAGUCCCAUUGUCCCCUUCCUCCUCAAAGCUGUUCUGUAAAACUACAAGGUACGCCUUCCUCAGACAUUUUUCCCAUUCGCCAACUCCUAGGAGCAUUGAAGAGGCUAUCUCUUCAUUUCAUGGCUUGCUUCAUAUGAAUCCCCAACCCUCUAUAGUCCGUAUUAAUAAGAUUCUAGGAUCUGUCGCGAAGACGAAGCAUCACCGAACUGCUAUUUCCCUUUUCUCAAAAGCAGAAUGCAAGGGAUUCUCGCCAUGUUUGGUUACUCUAAACAUCUUGAUCAAUUGUCACUGUCAUUUGGGUAACAUGCCUUCUGCUUUCUCUAUUCUAGGGAGGAUUCUCAAGAUGGGCUGUCAGCCAGAUAUAAUAACUUUGAAUACUCUGUUGAAAGGUCUCUGCAUUAAUAAUAACGUUAGAGAAGCCCUUGUCUUUUACAAUGACAUAUUGACAAAAGGAUUUCACUUAGAUGAGGUAAGCUAUGGCAUCCUGAUUAAUGGCUUCUGUAAAAUUGGAAAAACGUCUGCUGCUCUUGAAUUGCUUCGAAAGAUGGAGAGAGGGUUGGUUAAGCCUGGUUUAGUUAUCUACAACACAGUCAUAGAUGGUCUUUGUAAAGAAGGGCUUGCAAUUGAGGCAAAAAAAUUAUAUCAUGAAAUGACUGAUAAGGGAAUAUCUCGGGACAUUGUUACCUACAACUCUCUAAUAUAUGGUUUCUGUUGCAUGCAUCAAUGGCACGAAGCCACGUGGUUUCUAAAUAAAAUGGUGGUGGAAGGCAUCAGACCUAGUAUUUAUACCUUUACCAUAUUGAGAGAUGCAUUUAGCAAAGAGGGGAGGAUAACCAAAGCUGAGGCAAUAGUUGGGAGGAUGAUGAAAUGUGAUACAAAGGCUAAUCUUAUUACUUACAAUGCUUUAAUGGAGGGGUACUCUAUGAUGAAUAAUGUUGAUGAGUCGAAGAAGGUUCUUAAUAGAAUGAAAAGUGAUGUGUUGCCUGAUGUUUUCAGUUACAGUAUCUUGAUUAAUGGGUUAUGUAAAAUGAAGAGGAUUGGUGAAGCCAUGGAUCUCUUUCAAGAAAUGCAAUGCAAAGGUUUGUUUCCUAAUAUUGUGACAUAUAAUACUCUUAUUGAUGGCCUGUUCAAAUCAGGAAAGAUCUCAAACGUGCAGGAACUUAUUUACGAUAUGCAUGAUAGUGGUCAUCUACCAAAUAUAGUAACCUACAAUGCCUUGUUGGAUGGAUUGUGCAAGAGCCAGCGUCCUGAUGAAGCAGUUAUGCUAUUUAAAAAAAUGGGCGUCCUAGGAAAACAACCUGAUAUUUACACACAUGCCAUUCUUAUUGGUGGUUUGUGCAAGGAUGGUAAAUUAAAUACUGCUCGACAAGUUUUUCAGUAUCUAUUGGCUAAUGGUCAUCCUCCAGAUGUCCAAGCAUAUACUGCUAUGAUUAAUGGACUCUGUAAAGAGGGCUUGUUUGAUGAGGGACGGGCGUUACUUUUUCAAAUGAUUGACAAUGGGUGCCUCCCAAAUUUGGUAACUUUUAAAACAGUGAUUGGAGCUCUUUUGGAGAAAGGUGAGAAUGAUAAGGCGGAGAAUAUUCUUCAUGAAAUAGUUGCUAGAGGCCUUCAAAGACGAUAAAAGAAAGCUAGAUACUUGUUUUCAUGUUGAAAUUUGUUGAAAUAUUUAACGAAUGCAAUGUCUGACAGCAGCUGAAAUUUAAAGGCAAUUAAAGUUGUUUUCACUUUUUA